AUGCUCUCUUAUGCCUCAGUGGAUGGUUUCCUGAAUCUUUGUGCUGGUCAACUCGCAAGUUCAGUUUACUCCCAAGUUCAAUUUUGGUUAGCAACCAAUGGAAUAAGACAAACUGGUGAGAACAUCGAGAGCCACCACUAGGGGCAAUCCGAAGUUUUGCCGUUUAACGAGUUCAGGCCAAAACCACAAAGUUCAAAAUAUCACGACCGCAAAUUCAAAUCAGCAACACCAAGAUCUGGUAUCGCAGCCCACAUUCAGGGCAACACUUUGGGGGAGGAGGUGGCACCAUUGAGGGUAUACCAGAAAGUGGAUCCCUCGCGCGCCACCCAAUCAAACGCAGCCGCCUCCUCCCCGCUAGCGCGAGGCCGCCAAAACAAGAGUGUAGCUUCAACCUCGAAACGACGACUCGUCGAUACAAUGAAUUUCGACAACAAGAUGCAAAACGCAGAGGAGCGGAGAGAAGAGGAGGGAAGGGAAGGCGACGAUUCGUCGUCAUCGGCCUCUUUCUACACUGCGCCAGAAUUUGGCGGCAGUGAAUGCGAGAGGUCGAUCUCGCCAACUGACGGCGGAUUUGAACCUUCCUCGACCUCCUCUUCUCUUCCUCCUCUCCCUCCAUCACAACCGCCGCCAACCCCCACGAGGGCAAACAAAAGAAUGGCGUCCUCCAACAGCGCGUCCUCAUGGACUUCAAGCCAGACGGACAAGAAGAACAAGCUCGAGCGACUCCAAAACAACGCGGGACAUAUCGGAGUCCUCAAGUCGCCUUUCUUCCCAAAGAACCUCAGCGAGUUCCUGGACCAUGAGAUCGAUAUGAACCGCGCCCGUGUGGCUGAGAUGGAACUAAAAACCGAGCAAAAGAAAGAGACUCGAGGUAUCAAGUCGGAUAUCAACGUUGACCACUCGACCGAAGGUGAAGUCCUGUUCAAAAACACCUCUCCCUCGGCCACCAACACCGCGCAAUCAAAGGCCAAGGAGAAGAAGGUAGCCAAGAAAGGAUUCUCUACUUUGCUCGAAGAAACUACGAUCUGGAAGCCCGAGUAUGCCGACUUACCUGAGAAAAGAGAUCCAAAUGGCACCAGUAUUGUCACCAGAGCAUCUUGGCCAGAUCAGAAUGAGCUUAAAGCUGAGGGUGAAUACCGACUCAUGGCGUUUGGAGAGCGUCGUUUACCUUUACCACGAAAAGACAUGUACUCCGCCGACGCUGUCAAGGCAAAGGUUGGAGCUGGCGCGACUUGCAAGGAACUGGCCCAACACACUGGAGAGGAUAUUACUUGGUACGAGAGAGAGGCCAUUGAGUACACCGGUCUUGACAAGUUGGAGAGCAUCGACAGGGAAAAGGAGUCGCCAUACAAGACUUGGACAGCCCGUGGAUCCGUCACACCUAGCAAGCAGCCACGAAAUGCGAGUGGUCGAAGCACACCGACGAUGAACCAACACUCGCCUGGAAGAGGUGGCAUGAGAGGAGGAACUCAAACAGCCGAAAAUCAAGUGUACAUCCCCGGCUUUGGUACGUUCGCAGGUGGUGGAUUCCAAGGCAUGGCUGACCCCCAAUACAAUGAUAUGAUGGGAGGGCUCUGGAAUCAGUUUGGAACGCAAAUGACAGCCCAAGGCCUAACUCCACCACCUGGCAUGGCAAGUCCAACACCAGGCUUCGCAGCUUCCGCCAACCGAGCCGUUUCUGGAUCGAGUUCUCGUGGUGGUAAAACCGGAGGUCGACAUGGUAAAAAGUCUCCCAAAACCCCCAAGUCCGUUACCAGCUCGCCUGUUCCAGCUCCCAGCCCACCCAUUCAAGCCUCGAGCCCCCAACCUGACGACAACACCACCGACGAGGACGACAAGACACCCGAGAACGACGACCCAGAGAAGAAGUCGACUGGCAAGAAAAAGAAGAAGAAGGGAACGGGUGCUGUUCGCAAGGACGAACCAUUCAGCGAGUUUGAGGACGAGGAAGAAUUUCUCCGAGAAAAAGGAUUUGAUUGGCUUCUCGACAAUUGA